GAGGAACGCAGCGCACAUCCCCACACCAAAGCUAAAAACCCUGGUGCUCAUAUACAGAGGCGAAUUGCACUCGUAAUUGAAAUCUAUCAUUGAUUCAAAGCUUUAGGGACACCUGAAUAUGAUAUACUCACAGGUCAACAAAUAUCAAGAUCGUUAGGUUGGAUUACAUUGCGGAAUCAUGCUAGUACUCAGGUUUCUGUGCUGUGUGUUAUUAGCCGCAGGAUCUCACAACAUUGUUUCAGCAGAAUCCGCAAAGAAAGGCAAGGACAAAAAUCAUAUAUAUGCUGUUAGAUGGGGCCAAAAUGUUUCUCUUGCGCCACUUUCGACAACGUUUCAAGACUCUUUACUGUUUGUUUGGCACGGCGAAAACAGUGUGGGCUUCGUCAACGGCGAAGAAAUCGACGAUGAACAUCUGGAUGAAUUCUGCGACAAUAAGACGCAUUUCCUUGGCGACAGAAGUCCAGUGCUGAUCAAACUGACGGAUCUGAAUGUCUCGGCUACCACGUACACCUUCGUCAGCCAGGAACCCGGUCGCUGCCCACACGAGCGCAUCAAAGUAUUUAUCCAACCGGUGGAGACGGUACAUGGGAGUUUGCUGUAUGGCAUGAUUGUGUUCCUGAUGCUGGCGUCUCAGAUCAUUGCCUACAUGAUUAGUAGCUAUGGCAUCACAGUAUUCAGUGCAUCCGGUGUGACCAUGAUGAUUGGGGCGGUGACUAGCUUCAUCGUGGCCGAGUCGGCCGACAAGCCCAUAGUGGACUUCUCACCGGAUGCUUUCUUCUACAUUUUGCUGCCGUGCAUUGUGUUCGAGAGCGGGUAUACCUUCCACAAGCGCCACUUCUUUGACAAUCUGGGUAGCAUUUUGUCCUUCGCACUGCUUGGAGCGUUUAUAUCGUCUAUGGUGACAGGCUUGCUGAUGUUCUACGCCACAAUGUUUGUGGGGACGGAACCUUGGACGUUAUUGCAGAGCCUUGUGUUCGGGACUCUCAUCUCGUCUACUGAUCCCGUGGCCACCCUGGCCAUCUUCUCCACGCUGCCUGUGCGUCCGUCCUUGUAUGGGCUGGUGUUUGGUGAGAGUGUCAUGAACGAUGCCGUGUCGCUGGUGCUGUAUUCAGUGCUCACAUCGUUUGAUGAGGAGACGUUCACCUUUGCCGUUGCGCCUACUGUGGCGUGGCACUUUACGUUGAUCUUCAUCGCCUCCACACUUAUUGGGGUUUUAUCGGCGAUGGGAGUGUCUAUGACACUCAAGAUGAUACCAGCCACCACCGCCACGGCGCAGAUUAUCGUAAUGCUAUUGGUCGCUUAUCUGGGGUAUAUCAUCUGCCAAGGCCUGGACUUCUCGGGCAUUGUGGCCAUAUUUUUCUAUGGAUGCACGGCACGCCACUACGCGUGGCACAAUCUUACAGAGACUGCCCGCAAUGGCAGUGUGCUGCUAUUCAAAGUCUUGGCUGAGUUCAUGGAAGCUUUUGUGUUCCUGUACGUUGGGUUGGCGGUCUUCCCGGUGGGGACUGACAAGUACCAAGCAGGUGUGAUUGCGGUAGCCAUCCUGGCGUGUAUGAUAGGGAGGGCCUUCAACAUCUUCCCAGUCGCGGCGAUGUGCAACUUGGUGCGCAGUGAGCCGAUUACUAAGGAGAUGCAGGUACUUAUGUGCCAUGCGGGCAUUAGAGGCGCCGUGUCUUAUGGUUUGGCAGUCAACUACGACUACACAGGAAAGCUGGGAAUCAGAUCGACCGUACAGGUGGUUGUGAUGUUCACUGUUUUUGUAUUGGGUGGUUCGACCGGUGCUCUGCUUAAGCGAUUAAGUCUGUUAGAUACAGCCCCAAGCGCCACGAGCAGUACACAGUACUCGCCCGUACACCAAAAUGCAACUGAGGGCUCAGAUGAUGAUUCUGACGAACCGUAUAGAGAGCGCGGGAGGUCACUAGUGCGGCGGAGUGGGAAUUCGCUUCACGACACCGUUGAUGGGCGCGAGGAGCUUAGUAUAGAAGAGGGUCACAGAAGAUCAGCCUCAGAAUCAACUCCCGGUGCACAUCACCAAACCAAUGCUGUUCUAAAAUGGAUACGAAACAUCGAUCAAGCAUAUCUGCUUCCUCUACUAACCCGGCCGAAGCAACGGACUAUGUCUAAUGGUCGGAAUGAGAAUGAUUGACUGGCUAUUGCGGGUAAACACUAAAUACUCAGUGGCCUUCACUAUCCACACGUCCACUAGUUCAACUAUAAACUCCCGCGAGUGUUCAAUCUGCUACGUUUCAAAUUGGAACGAUAGUAGCGACUUCACUUCAGGUCCUGCCCUGAGUUUUCAGCAUUGCCUUAGAGCAUGAUGCAGCGUAGAUAGUUGGUGAAAAAAUAGCUUCUGCUGGGGGACCAGCAAAAUUAAGAGGGUCUGACUGCAAGAAUGUAUAUUAGGAUAUAUACUGAAUGUCAGGAUUUUCCAAUAAGGCCGCUAAUUACAUAUUUGCGCGAUGUGGCCAGUUCUCUACUUGUGGUUUGUAGCUCAAUAGAGGCAAACACAAUCUCGGCUGAUGAACUGAAAUGCGCUCAGCGCACGGACCAUAAGAAACAGUCGCCCCGUUACCGUGGUGAGGAGCUCUAGUGAGGAUACGAUCUCACCAAUCCUGUUUCAGCUCAGCGAUCCAGUUUAUAUGUCAAUUGAUAGAUACAGUUGGAAUCAACUGAAGGGUACAGUUCUCUGUAAGAAUACUAGCUGACACUUGAAAUGACAAAAUUCACGAAUGAUGUAAGAGAAAAAAUGCAAACUUCUUCACAAUCAUGUUUGGCUAUAGUGGAAGUAGAGGAUCACUCAAUUUGGACCGUAAACUGCGAAACGCCUGCCAAAGAUCUGAAGAUCCGAAGAUCGUAUGUGUCCCUCUUGGGGUAUACAUUUACUAAUACCCAGGGUGUGCACAGUGUAAUGCUCUGUAAGGUAUAACUUCACAAUUAAAUGAGUUAUCGAAUCAAAAAAUUAUACUCACUCAAUAUUUGUCGGGCUGCGGGCCAACAGCUGUCCUGACUUCAGAUCUACAAUAAAAAUACAGCUCUUUCA